AUGUCGGACUCUCUGCAGAGCGGCUUGACCUCUUCCGGAGGAAAGGAUGAAGUGGACCGCCCGCUGUGUGCGGUCAAGUACAAGGUGUCACGGCACCAGAGAACGGUAGGCGUCGCGGCGAGGAUGCCUCGACAGCGGGAAGGCAUGGACGACAAGGUGCAAUGGACUCUUGUGGUCUACGAGUUCUUGGACAACGACCAGUUCAGCAACCUCGACACCCUCAUGCUGCAGCUCGCGCCGGGGCAAUGCCUGCUGACGCUGGAUGCGGGCGCCGCCGAGGGAAAGCCGCGGGGUGACAUGGCCAAGGUGCUCGCCGCAAUGGAGCGGCUUGACGUGGCCGUCGAAGACGUGAAGGGGGGUCAGUUCAAGACCGACGACAUCGCAGGGCGGAUGAAGGCCCUCUUGGGGGACGCCUCCCUAGCACAGCACUCCCUCGCCAACGAACAGCCCCUCGGAAGCGCUUGCCUCGCGGCAUUGAUGGGCCGGCUCGAGCGCGAGGACAAGGGCUACGAGAACGAGGAAGGAGAAGGAGAAUCUCCCGAGAUGCCGUCCUACGCUUUGGUGCAGGGGACGCUGCAGAAGCACCUGCGGCUCGACAGCGCAGCGGCGGCAGCGGUGACCCUUCUCCCGGACCCCACCGCCCCUCACCAAUACGGCAGCCUUUUCGACGUGCUCAACAGGUGCAAGACGAAGAUGGGCAGCCGUUUGCUGGAGCGGUGGUUGAGGCAGCCCCUCACCGAUAAGGAGGAGAUCGAACGGCGGCAUGACAUGGUUGGGCUGUUGAAGGACGAGGCUGGACUGCGGGGUUCCCUGCAAGACGGUCCUCUCAAGGCGUGCCCAGACCUCGAUACCCUCAAGACCAAGAUGCAAAGGAAGAAGGCGGGCUUGAUGGAGGUGUUCAAGCUCUACGUGUUUUCACGGUCCGUGCAUACCUUCGGAGACGUCCUUUCGGGGCACUUUGGUGAGGACGAGGGGGAGGAGGAAACAGAGACAGAGACGCUGAUCAACGACAAGUUUGUCAAGGGGUUCGCCAAGCUCGCUGAUGGUUUCUCGCGCUUCCUGCAGCUGGUGGAGCACGUGCUGGACAUGGACGCUUUGCCCGACCUAGUCGUCAACUCGUCGUACAGCCCCGAGCUAGGGGAAUUGAGGGAGGAGAUGGACCAGAUCAAGGAGGAGGUGGAGGACCUACACCAGGAAGCGAGGGAUGGAUGGUGCGACUUCGGGGAGAAGGACAAGUGCCUCCUGGACGAGGACAAGCAGAGAGGCUUCUUCUUCCGCCUCACCAAGGCCAACCUAGAGCAGGAACUAAAACGGCGAAGAAAGGGUGUUGAAACCUUGGCGGUGCUGAAGAACGGCGUCCACUUCACCACUUCAGAGCUGAAGAAGCUGGGUUCUCGGUACAAGUCCUGCCGCCUCGAGUACGAGGAGAAGCAGUCCGGUCUCGUCGAGAAGGCCGUGGAGACGGCCGCGACCUACCUCCCGCUGGUGGAGUCCGCCAGUGCUCUCGUGAGCGAACUGGACAUCCUGGUGUCCUUCGCCGACGUCGCGGCCCUCGCUCCGACCGAGCUGGUCAGGCCCACCAUGAAGGACAAGGGCACCGGAGUACUGAAAGUGAUGGGGUGUCGGCACCCCUGCCUGGAGUGGCAAGACGAGAUGAACUUCAUCCCGAAUGACUACGACAUGUCCAGCGAUGGGGCGAGCUUUGUCGUGGUAACCGGACCCAACAUGGGUGGCAAAAGUACCUACAUUCGAACGCUCGGGGCGGUGACCGUCAUGGCCCAGGUCGGCAGCUUUGUCCCGUGCGAGAGCGCCGAGAUGAGCGUCCGGGAUGCGGUCUUCGCGAGGGUGGGAGCCGGCGAUGCGCAGCAGCGAGGGGUCUCGACUUUCAUGGCGGAGAUGUUGGAAGCGUCAGCGAUUAUUUCCGCCGCGUCGAAGGACUCUCUCAUCAUCAUCGACGAGCUUGGGCGAGGUACGUCGACGUUCGACGGCUUCGGGUUGGCAUGGUCAAUCUCGGAGCACAUCGUCAAGACCACUCAGGCGCCGUGCCUAUUCGCUACCCACUUCCACGAGAUGACCACUAUGGCGGAGCAUGACAAACGCGUCAAGAAUAUGCACGUCACUGCACAGGCUAAGGAGGACAAGAUCACCAUGCUCUACGAGGUGCGGGAAGGUCCUUGCCUGGAAUCGUUCGGCAUUCACGUCGCCACCAUGGCCGGAUUUCCCAGAGCCGUCAUCCGAGAGGCGAAGCGCAAGGCGGCCACGUUGGAAAACUUUGAGGAGGCCAUGGAAAGGACGGGGGGGGAAACGGGGGAACAGCGGAAGAAAACCAAGACGGACGGGGAGGGGUCCGGCGGAGGGCACAACACCACCAAGUUGCACCGUCUGCUGGACAUGUUCAAGGGAUUACCAAUCGACGUCAUGAGCCCCAACGAGGCCUUAGCUGCCACCAGGCAGCUCGUCGACAAGCUCUACGUCGGCUCUGGGUGACUGGGCGAUAGCUAGUCUCUCCGACAGAAAGCGCGAAUGGUGGUUUAUGAUGAGGUCGUUGUCAGCAACACCGUUGGUUGAUGACCGUGUGGCGACCGACGACGGUUGGUUGUUAAGCGACGAUCAAUCACUGCUUACGGCAGACAUUUUCCGGGGGGUAGCAUAGUAGCAUGGUAACAUGGUAACAUGGUAACAUGGUAACAUGGUAACAUGGUAACAUGGUAACAUGGUAACAUGGUAACAUGGUAACAUGGUAACAUGGUAGCAUGGUAACAUGGUAGCAUAGUAGCAUGGUAACAUGGUAACAUGGUAACAUGGUAGCAUGGUAACAU